CUGCCAACGUUUUACCAUUGUGUAGAUAAAACCGCUUUUUUCAUGAAACUAACGGGAAAAUAGAAAAAUUAUUAAAUAAAACUUAUAUAAGAGGAAGUGUUAAAUGUAAUUGAAUAAAUAUCUUUUAGCAGAAAUAUAUUAAAGAAGUAAAAAAGUGCUGAAAAUGACUGUGGCCGAGGGAUUGGCAUCAACGUCCGCCGCAGCAAAUGCUGCAGCGAGACCGCGUUGUUUUUUCGAUAUUUCGAUUGGUGGCUUAAAUGUUGGUCGCAUAGUUUUUGAAUUAUUUAAAGAUGUUGCACCGAAAACAGUGGACAAUUUUCGUGCACUUUGUACUGGCGAGAAAGGCAUCGGCUUGGUUACAGGCAAGCCGCUGCAUUACAAAAAUGUAAUAUUCCACCGUGUUGUCAAGGAUUUUAUGAUACAAGCUGGAGAUUUUUCGGCUGGAAACGGUACGGGUGGCGAGUCGAUCUACGGUGGCACUUUUGAAGAUGAAAGUUUCGAUUUCAAACACGAUCGUCCCUUUUUGCUCUCAAUGGCAAAUCGUGGAAAAAACACUAAUGGAUCGCAGUUUUUCAUUACUACACAACCCGCGCCUCACUUGGACAACGUCCACGUGGUAUUCGGUCAAGUAAUAUCGGGUCAAGAUUUAGUCCGCCAGUUGGAGGAAUUGCCAGUCGAUAAAAAUUCACGUCCAUUGCAGGAUGUUACCAUAUCAAAUUGUGGUGAACUCGUACGCCAGGUCAAAGUUAAAAAAGACAAAAAGAAAAAGAAGCGUGCCGCAUCUUCAGCUGAAGAAGACUCAGAUGCCCCAUCAGAAACUGAGAAGCGCACCAAACGUAAGGAGAAAAAAAAGAAAAAAGAUCGCAAACGGGAAAAAUCAUAUGAGCGAUCUGAUACGGAGCAGAGUCAAGAAGACGAGAGGGAAAAUGAAGAAGCUGACGAGGGUGAAUUACAUCCGCUUGUGACUGUUACCAAGAUUGAUCCUAACGAAAUACCGGAGGUCUCCAAUAAAUUUUUGCUACGUGGUGACCGUUUGGAUCGUUCUCAAGAGCGCGAACAAAAACGCGAAUUGCGUAACGAACGAUCUAGUGAGAACCGGCCGGCGUUUGGUUGGUCCAAAAAGCGUGUACCUGUCUCGCGCAGUGGACGUAUUAUCAAAGGACGUGGAGUGUUCCGUUUUCGAACACCGUCCCGCAGUCGAUCUCGCAGCACAACGCCUCCACAUUGGAAACGUGCGCAGAAUCGCACAAUUAAACUGUCUGAUUUGGAGCGACUCGAAGAAGAAAAGAAAUUACGCGAUGAGGAGAUUAAAAGACGUGAGAUUGAGCGCAAAAAGCGACACGAAGAGAUGAGGAGAGAUCCCAAGAAGUCCUUCUUCGAGUUGUCGCAUGCUAGCUCAUACGGUGGUCGAUACAGUGAAUCGCCUGAUCGCAAAAAUCGUGGCAAAGACAAUUUAAAUAAUGCCCGCAAGGACCGACCAGAUGAACGACGUGCGGAGAAAGAUAGACCACGUGAAAGAGAAAGAGAAAAGGAGAAUGAUAAAGAAAAGGAUAAGACAAAAGAACGCCGCUCUGAGAAUAGCUCCGAGUUGAAGUCUUUACCGAAGCGCAAGAAAUCUAUGGACAUGAAUGCACUGGAUUAUGAGCAUCAACCGGACAGUGAAAAUGAAGAAGGCUCGGCCGAGAAGGAAACUCCAAAAAAGCAAAAUUCACAUAAAAAAAUUGAAGGAAAUACUUCAGAAAAAGAUCGACACAAGGAAAGAGAUGCUGAUCCCGACAAGAAUCGAGCUAAGGAAAAAGAAAGAGGUAGAGAGAAGGCGGCAGAAAAUGAUAAAGAUCGUAGGAGAGAAAGGAAAGACAGCGCAAUUAAAAAAGAUGAAAGUAAAGAAUUAAAGCCUAACGCUGAAAAAGAACACAAGGAAAAAAAUAAAAAUGACGAAAAAGAGAAAGCAAAAGACAAGGAUCGUGAUGUGGACAAAGAAAAAGACAAUUCUCGUCGCAAUCGCAAUCGAUCUAAGAGCGGAUCGCGCUCAAAGCAACGUUCCCGUUCACGCUCGCAUCCUUCACGUUCACGUUCUCGCUCUUUUCGCCGUCGUUCUCCCAUAAGAGAUCGUCGCGACCGAUUUCCCAAUCGUAGAGGUGGUUUUCGUUCACCGCUACGGCGAGAUUUUCGCGGAAGACGUGGUGGCAAUCCAUUCAUGGACCGUCGCCGUCGCUCUGCCGAACGUUAUCGCAAUCGCUUACCACUUUCACCGAUACGUACACGUCGGCCAACACCUCCACGUGAUCGACGGUCUCGUGAUCGUUCUAUAUCACGAAGCCGAUCUCCACAUUCACGAUCUCGAUCACCACGUCGCGAUCGUAUACGUAAACGUUCGGUUGAUUCACGAGAUCGCAGUCGUAAUAAUCGCUCCCGUUCAAAGUCUCGUGAACCGCGUGUCAAUUCAAAGUCCAAAGAGCAGGCGGGUUCACGAAAUCCGAAAUCACGUUCACCAAACCGUGAAACGCGCAACAAACGUUCGGGUACUCGUUCGCCAAGGCGUUCCAAAUCGGCAGAUUAUCGCCGCAAAUCGCAUGAUCGACGGUCCGACACAAGAAAAGAGAGUACAGGGGAGGCCAACGUAAAUUUUGCUGAAGGGAGUGCUGAUAAAAUGCGCGAAAAGAUGUUGAAACGUGCAGAGGCCGCACAAAUGCUGAAGGAUCAUAUGCGUAAAGAAAUCGCAAGGGAGGAAGAAAAACGUGCUGAAAAACAACGUCUGGAUGACUUAGAGAAGGAAAAAACUGCUCGUGAGCUAGAAGAAUUAGAACGCCUCAAAUUAGAGACGCUACAAAAGUUGGAAGAACAUGAAAAUUUGAAAAAGUUGACAGUUAUAGCAGCGGUAGCCGAGGCCAUCAGUUCAAAGGAUCGCGGCAAAGAUGAGAAAUCAAAGGAAAAGAAAAAGAAGCGCAAGAAGUCGAAGAAACACACACGGACUUCGGGCACUGACUCAAAUUGAGAAUUAUUAGUUCAAUACACUAAAAUACGUAUAAUCAAAGGAGACUUACUCAAUUACUUGAAAAUAUUUUUAUUCUGAAAUAUUACAUACAUAUUUAUACGCAUAAAUAUAUACCAAUUGGAAAGAAGUUGUACACGAGUACGUGUAAAUCGCCAUUGGCAAACACACUCACAAAUACAAGACAUGAAACAAUGUAAAUUAAAAUUAACUCUUAUCUUCGUUUUUGAAUGUUUACUAUAAAUGAAAAUUAAAUAAAAGGUCUGAAAAAUAAUGUGA